AUGGAGAAUUCAUCUAUAGAGACUACCUUCAUCCUUCUUGGCAUGACAGAUAACCCUCAGCUUGAAGUCCUGCUAUUUGGGACCUUCCUUAUUGUUUAUAUUGUCAUAGUGUUGGGGAAUCUUUGUUUGGUGGUCCUGAUCGGAGUAAGUCCUCGUCUCCAUACUCCCAUGUACUUUUUUCUCUCAAAUCUGUCCUUUCUUGAUGUCUGUUUCUCUUCCAUCACAGUCCCAAAGACUAUAGCAAAUUUGUUAUCUAAGUUACGGACUGUUUCUUUCCUUGAAUGUGUGACUCAGAUGGCCUUGUUCAUUAUCUUUGCCUCUGCUGAAUGUAACCUUUUGGCUACCAUGGCAUAUGACCGUUAUACUGCCAUCUGUCACCCACUGCUCUACCAUGCAACCAUGUCUAAAGUUCGAUGUCUCCUCUUGGUAGCAGGAUGCUACCUGGGUGGGCUAAUUAACAUGGUAUCUGUGACAACUUCAAUUACACAGCUAUCGUUCUGUCAACCACAUAUCCUUCCCUACUUUUUCUGUGACAUCCCUCCACUGUUAGAACUAGCUUGUUCAGAUCCUUGGAUCACCCAGAUCUUGGUUGUAGGCUGUGGCGGAUUCACCCUGGUCACCUCCAUUAUGGUGAUACUUGUCUCUUACAUAUCGGUCCUCAUAACUAUCGUGGGAAUCCCCUCAACUUCUGGCAAAAAGAAAGCUUUUUCCACCUGUGCUUCUCACUUGACUGCUGUUGGCCUCUACUAUGGAACAACUAUGUACACUUACUUACAGCCCUCUCAACAUGGAUCUCAGGCAGGAAAUCAGAUGGUCUCAGUGUUUUAUACUGUGAUGAUCCCCAUGCUAAAUCCUCUCAUCUACAGUUUGAGAAACUGGGAAGUGAAAGUUUCUGUUUGGAAAAUAUUGAGACAGAGUCCUUAA